ACCCAGGCAAGAAAAGGGGGUCUUACAGGUAGGAAGAGGUAGGGUAGGGAAGAUGGGGAGAGAGAGAAAGCAAGCCAUUUAUUUUCUCUAAAAGAGGACCGGGAACAUUGAUUUUUCCACAGAGAGCUGGUGAUCAGAAGAUCAGGAACUGAAACUUCUGGAAAGUAUGAGACAGACUUGCAGAGGAGAAUUCUGAUUCUGCUUCUCCUGAGAUUCCUGCUUCCAUCUAAGGGGUCAUCUUUGGGUUUAGACUUACCCACAAGAGCCUCCCUCUCCUAGGAAAGCAAGGACAUGCCACCUAAGAUGAAAGAAAAAGGGAGGAAAGCUGCGGCACAAAAGAAGAAAAAGAACUCAGGUGCUGAUGUGGAGACCGAAGCCAAGCACAGGCUGAUGCUGCUGGAGAAGGAGCUACUUCGAGACCAGCUGGCUCUCCGAAGGGAUGAGGCCCGCCGAGCCAAGGCUGCCAAAGACCUGAUGAAGCAGAGGUUGCAAGGAUUGGAGGUUGAACUAGAAAGGGCUCAGAGCGAAACGAAGGCCAUAUAUGCAGAGAUGAGCCGCCAGCAACAAGCCCUGCAGGAGAAGAUGGCGGCCCACAGCAAGCAGCUGGAGGAGCAGGCCAGGGGCCUUCAGGAGCAGCUAGAGAUAUGCCAGAAAAAGGCGAAGGCUGCAAGGGAAGAGGCUGAGCAAGCACUUGCAGAGAGAGACCAGAUCCUGGCUCAGCUUCAGGCUCAUGUGACAGACAUGGAAGCCAAGUAUGAAGAAAUCUUACAUGGCAGCCUGGACCAGCUCUUGGCCAAGAUGAGAGCUGUGAAGCCGCAGUGGGAUGGAGACGUUCUUAGACUCCAUGCCAGGCACAAGGAGCAGCUGCGCCAGUUUGGGCUCAACCCUCUGGAUAUUUGAGACUCUCUCUCAUCUCUGAGGCCCAGCAAUAAAGUGUCCUUAUGGAGAACUCAGCAACCCUGUGAGCUAUGACCUUUAACAGAGAAGCGUAGCCCUUGUAGGCACACACAUCUCAAUUCCUGAUUGACCCAUCAUCCUGGAGACUGAAUGACAGGAAAGAAAUAUAACAAGGUCUCAACCAUUCUUUUAUGGAAAACUAGGUCCCACCUGUUGAGCCUGGGGCCCCGAGACCUUCUCCAGCCACCUCUGCUUAUUCACUACCA